UUCAUGCGUGGGGUUUGUAAGGAAGGAGAUAACUGUCGCUACUCACAUGACCUUUGUGACAGUCCCUAUGGUGUAGUGUGCAAGUAUUUCCAGCGAGGGAGCUGUGUGUAUGGAGACUGCUGCAGAUAUGAGCACGGCAAGCCAUUGAAACAGGAAGAAGCAGCUGCUGCUGAUAGAACCGCAGAACCAUCCCUUGCCGCUGCCUCAAGUCUCUCCUCUGUCCCUGGACCACUUGUGGAGAUGAAUUCGGGAGAGGCUGAGUCCACAAAUGGGAACUUCCCUGCAGUGGGCGCAGGGUCCGAGGACUGGAUGAAUGCCAUCGAGUUUGUGCCCGGGCAGCCCUACUGCGGCCGCACUGCUCCUGCGUGCGCAGAGGCCUCAGUGCAAGGUCCAGGGCCCAAGGCGGAGUCCCAGAAGGAGCCAGCUGCGGUGGAGACCAGGAAGCAGCUGUGCCCCUAUGCCCAAGUGGGCGAGUGCUGCCACGGGGAGAACGGUGUGUACCUGCACCGUGACGCCUGCGACAUGUGCGGGCUACAGGUCCUGCACCUGGUGGAUACAGCCCAGAGGUCCCAGCACAUAAAAUCUUGCAUCGAGGCCCACAAGAAGGACACGGAGCUGUCCUUUUCCGUGCAGCGCAGCAAAGACAAGAUGUGUGGCAUCUGCACGGAGGUGGUGUAUGAGAAAGCCAACCCCAGUGAGCCCUUCGGCAUCCUCUCCAACUGCAGUCACACCUACUGUCUCAAGUGUAUUCCCAAGUGGAGGAGUGCUAAGCAAUUUGAGAGCAAGAUCAUAAAGUCCUGCCCCAAAUGCCAGAUCACAUCUAACUUUGUCAUUCCAAGUGAGUACUGGGUGGAAGAGAAAGAAGAGAAGCAGAAACUCAUUCAGAAAUACAAGGAGGCAGUGAGCAACAAGGCAAGCAGGCAUUUUGAUGAAGGCCGUGGGAGCUGCCCAUUUGGAGGGAACUGUUUUUACAAGCAUGCGUACCCUGAUGGCCGUAGAGAGGAGCCACAGAGACAGAAAGUGGGAACAUCAAGCAGAUACCAAGCCCAAUGGAGGAACCACUUCUGGGAGCUCAUUGAGGAAAAAGAGAACAGCAGCCCCUUUGACAACGACGAAGAGGAGGUGGUCACCUUUGAGCUGAGCGAGAUGUUGCUUACUUUGGCUGCAGGUGGGGAUGACGAGCGGACUGAGUCUGAGAAUGAGCGGGACUUGUAUCACGAUGAGCUGGAAGACUUUUAUGACUUGGACCUAUAG